CCAACUGGGUCAUAUUUUUGUGGUGCCACCAUUAUUUCCUCGUGGAUGUAGGCGCACCAAGAUAACUGAGUAAAUAACAUUAUCUUCGAAGAUACUCGCUGAAUUCCCUUCUCUCGUUUUAAAGAAAAUGUCGAAAUUGCAGUUGUUGCGUGUGUUCUUAAAUGAGCGUUUAUCGGAAGCUGCUAUGGAGAUUUUCGGAGCAUUUGAGAAAACAGUUAUCGAGUACCAGGAGGAAAACGAACGUCUUCGGAGACUACUGCGGAUAACACCCGACAUAAAACGAUGUCGAAUAGACUCCCUACAGCUCUCUCUGGCUGUAUCAGAAGAGGAGGUUCCCCCUGAGCAGCAACACUGUGACCAGGAGUGGAGACUCAGUCUGGGGAUGGAGGACUUAGAACCCACACUGAUUAAAGAGGAACAGGAGGAACCCGGGACGAGUCAGGAGGAAGAACUUCAACAACUGGAGGUCAAUAGCAUAGGGUUCGAAUUCCCUCGUCCUUGCGUGAAAAGUGAAUGUGGUCAGGAACACCCACUUCUGUCCUUCCCCCAAACCCAGGCUGAGGAGAACAGAGGGAGUGCCUUUCCACCAGUGGACCACACCCCUUUUGACACUAGUACCCACCUAAAGGGUCUUGCCAUUCCAUAUGACCCGCCAGAUCAUCUGAACAACGCCUUCAGUAUCCGCUCCACCGUAAGCAGCGAUCCAGUAAGACUUGACAGCCACCCACAAUUGGAUCCCAACCAACAUAUGGGGGAACACUGUUCCCAACCCAGCACCAUGUCUAAAACUCACUGCUGCCCUGACUGUGGUGAAACAUUCGCUCUGAAGGCUGACCUGCAGGGUCAUGUGACUCUCGCCAAGAAGAGACCAAGCGAAUGCCGCUUAUGUAAAAAACGCUUCAACUCCACGUGCAAAUUGAAGGCUCAUGUCCAACUCUGCCACUUGGGAAAACCCUACACCUGCCCAUUUUGUGGCAAGAUCUUCAAACUUAAAGGACAUCUUCCCAGGCACAUGCGGAUUCACACAGGAGAGAAGCCAUUUCGCUGUGGUGACUGUGGAAAGAGCUUUGUUCAGAAGGGGGACCUGAGUAGGCAUAUAUUGACUCACACUGGAGAGAAACCAUAUAGCUGUCUCUACUGUGGGAAAAGCUUCAAUCGUAAGGACACCCUGAACUUGCACAUGCUGACACACACAGGAGAGAAUGUCCAUAAAAUGCACAACUAGGGAUGCACCGAUAUAUCAGGCAGCAAUUGGGUGAUUGUUUCAGUACAAUUGUGCUUUCUUCUGAAUAGGUGUUGAAUAUUCUCUGGUCAUUUUUGUACUCAUUUUUGUUUUAUAAUUUUUUUUAAAAUCUAAUACCUUAUUCACUACAUUUAUAUCAAGGCAUUGUAUAAUUUACAAUUACAGAAAGUGUGUAUUUAUCAUAUAAUUUAUUCAUUUUCCAUUCAUUAUCAGAUUUUAGUUUUUUGUUAUAAAACAUAGGUAGAUAAUUUUCAAGAUUGAAUUUGAAAUUAGAAGCAUCAUCAGAUGCAUUUUUUAUUUAAUUUAUGCCAGGGUACACAGAUACAGAAAUGUCAAAAAAUUAUAUUGGCUGAUUGUGUUUUAUGAAAAUCAACUAUUGAUAUCGGCAAAUAAUUGUAUCAUCUGUGCAUCUAUAUGCACAACAGCAAGUGUUUUUUGAGUUAGUUUCCGAUUGCAACACAUCUUUGUCGCUCAGGAUGUAGUUUCACUUAAUGAAUAUGGAUAAUGCUCAUUCCAGGCUGGGACAGGUGAAUAAUGGCUUAUUGGGCCUUCAAGAACAAGUCAGGGUAAGCAGUAUUUCACGCAAAUAUACAGUGCCUUGCGAAAGUAUUCGGCCCCCUUGAUCUUUUCGACCUUUUGCCACAUUUCAGGCCUC